GUUCUUUUUCUUCCUCCUCGCUUCUUGCCGCUGCUGUGCCGGCCGCACGCUCUCCUCGCAGCCAUGCCUCGCAAAAUUGAGGAAAUCAAGGACUUUCUGCUCACAGCCAGGCGGAAGGAUGCCAAGUCUGUCAAGAUCAAGAAAAAUAAGGACAACGUGAAGUUUAAAGUCCGGUGCAGCAGAUACCUCUAUACCUUGGUCAUCACGGACAAAGAGAAGGCCGAGAAGCUGAAGCAGUCCCUGCCCCCGGGCUUGGCCGUGAAGGAGCUGAAGUGAACCAGACGCGCUGAUCUGUAUUAAAAUGUUGAAAAUUC